AGGCCUAUUCUCUACCAGUGUGGUCUGAGACCGGUGGAUAUGAUGAGUACUACAGCUUAUCUCGGGACUUGGUGGAGCUGUUAUCUGUGCGUCCCCGAUUUCCCUUCGUGGGCACCUUUGUUGCUUUCAACGAUCGUUCCCAUUACUACUGCAACUCGGAGAAUGGAUCACUUCAUCGUAAUGUUGAUUCACAGGGUAAUUUGAUUCUCAGGGCAGAAGGGGCGGCGCUUGAGGACUAUGUCCGCAUUAAAGUUGAAAUCCCAGAGGAUGAUAACCGGAUUGACACUGCAAACUACGUCUUCUAUGUGGACCCGUACUUAUGUAACAGUGUCAUUGUCCACACAAUGCCAACAAGAUAUGGCCGUGAUAUAGACGUGUUUUUCGUGCCGAUGUAUCGUGCUAUACAGGCCAGCUUGUGUGUCAACCUUGAUCUCGCAUCUGGCAGUGGCUGUAGCUAUGCAUAUGGCGAAAUCACAGCGCACCAUGAGUUCUACGGUGACUUUAAUGUCCUGCUUUUUCAGUGUGGAGAAGAUGAUAUGGCAGAGGUUGUUGAUGGCAGACUUCCAUUGUUGCGGACUUGGGCAGCUGUUCCGAUAUACUUAGAGCCGCUCUUGAUAAUCAAGCUGAACCUUAAUGUUUUUACUAAUUCUGACCAUGUUAAUGACGGUCAUGCCAUCUCCUUCCAAGGUGAUCUUACCUUCUACCAUGACCAGUAUGAAAAGACAAUCUGCAAUGCUGACCAUGGUACAGUUGAAGUGCAGAUUGGGUACCGUUAAUUGCCCAGCAGGGGGAUGCUAUCCGUUGUAAACUAACCUUUUAUAUGUAUGAUAUUGCUGUAUGGAUCAGCUGGAUUUAUGUCAUAUAUCCCUCUGAA